GCCCUAAUUAUUCCAACAACACUUACCUUUCCAAAUGGAGAAUAAUUUCUUAUGGUUCUCCAUUCUUUUGAGUCUUAUAGUCUUAAAGUGUUUGAUCCUCAAUGUAGGAAAGAGACUCAAAAGUAAAAGCAGUGAUAAUAAUACAACCUCAAAGCUUCCUCCAGGUCCUUGGAAGCUACCAAUCAUUGGAAGCAUACAUCACAUGAUUGGCUCCCUGCCCCACCACAGCAUGAGAGAAUUGUCCCAAAAAUAUGGUCCUCUCAUGCACCUAAAACUUGGAGAGACUUCAGCCAUAGUGGUCUCUUCAAAAGAAAUUGCCAAAGAGGUGUUGAAAACAAAUGAAAUCACAUUUCCGCAAAGACCACGCUCUCUUGGUUUAGAAAUUGUUUCUUAUGGUUGCACUGACAUUGCUUUUUCCCCCUAUGGAGAGUAUUGGAGGCAGCUACGCAAAAUAUGCACAUUGGAGCUGUUGAGUGUUAAACGUGUGAGAUCAUACCAAUCAAUUCGAGAGGAAGAGGUGUCGAAAUUAAUUAGAUAUAUUUCUAUUAACACUGGAUCUACCAUCAACCUUACAGAUGAAAUUUUAUCUUUGACAUAUAGCAUCACUUCAAGGGCAUCUUUUGGUGAUAAUUGUAAGGACAAUGAAGCAUAUAUCUUGUUCAUGAAGGAAUCUAUGUCUGUGGCUGAGAGUUUCAGUAUUCAUAAUUUGUUUCCCUCCCAGCAUUGGCUACAUGUGAUUAGUGGAAUGGUGCAUAAAUUGAAGAGAUUGCAUAGAAGUGGUGAUAUGUUUCUUCAAAAUAUCAUCAACAACAAAGUAACAAAAAAGACGAGUGAAGAUGGAAGUCUUUUGUCCUAUCUUUUGAAUCUCAAACAUGAUGCUUCUAAUCCUGAUGGAUUUCAUUUGACAAUCAACAACAUUAAAGCCGUUAUUCAGACUAUGCUUAUUGGUGGAAGUGAGACAUCAUCCUUAACUAUACAAUGGGCUUUCUCAGAAAUGCUGAAAAACCCUAGAGUAAUGAAAAAGGCUCAAGAAGAAGUUAGACAAGCUUUUGGUAGCAGAGGAUAUGUUGAUGAAAAAGAUCUUCAAGAACUGAAAUAUCUAAAAGCAGUUAUUAAAGAAACAUUAAGAGUGCAUCCUCCUAAUCCUGUCUUUCCUAGAGAGUGUAUUGAAACUUGUGAGAUAAAUGGAUACACAAUACCAGCUGGAACACAAGUGUUUGUGAAUGCAUGGGCAAUUGGAAGAGACCAAAAGUAUUGGAUUGAAGGAGAAAAGUUUUAUCCAGAGAGGUUCUUGGAUUCUUCAAUUGAUUUCAGAGGGUCUAAUUUUGAGUUCAUACCUUUUGGUGCAGGAAAGAGAAUGUGUCCUGGAAUCUCUUUUGCUGCAUCUAGUAUAGAACUUCCUCUUGCACAGUUGCUGUAUUCUUUUGAUUGGAAACUCCCCUCUGGAACCACUCAUGAAAAUUUUGACAUGACUGAAUCCUUUGGCGCUACAGUGAAAAGAAAAAGUGAUCUAUUUGUAAUUCCAAUUCCUUACAAUCCUUGAGUAAGACACAACAUUGAUUAAACAUAAGUGCAUGCAACAGGGGAGAAAAUGUGGUGACAAAAUUUGCUAUGUGUGAGGCUUUCUAGGUUACUUAUGUCAAACGUGGAAGAAAUUUGCAUUUUGAGGAAUGGAAACUUUAAGAAACAAAAUGAGGAAUACAAUUUGAACAUGCACUAUAGACAGAACCCACUACAAUUCUAACUGGUUAGUCAACCAACCAGACAUUGUCGUUGGAUUUCUGGUAGUGAAUGUAUUGUGGUGGAAGUGAAUAUAUAUCUGGAUUUUGAUGUAUCUGAUGUUCUGUUGGAUUAUGUGAUGUUCUGUUGGAUUGGAAAAGUUAAGAAUUGUGAUAGAUAAUAUUUUGAACCUAAAUUCAUCCAAGUUUAUGUCAUGGUACUGUGUAUUUCAGAUAUACUUUAUUAAUCGUGUUACUUUUAUUAUGUAGAUGAAAUGGUAUUGAUGAAGAAAUGGUUGCGUACCUCUUAUCAUU